GGGAAAUGAUCCUGCAGGGAGGUUUAAAAAGCUGCAGGGGCUGCAGAUCAAGCCACUGGAGGAGGAAACUGUCAAGGUAAAACAGCUUUCUUACAUCUACCUACUGUAUCAAAACAUACUAUUACUGUUAACUCUGUGCUGAAUACCAAUAUCACGAUUCCCUGUAUUGUUAAUCUGCUUUAUGUAACAUACAAAUACAGUGACUAAUGCUUUGAUCAAUGUAAUUUCAAAAGUUCUAAGCUGGAGAGGCAGUUUUUGUGAUUUCAGAACACAAUUGUUUUAAGUAAAUGACAGGCAAGCCCUAAAAAUGGACAUAUUGUAAGAGUGUGAUUUGAAGGAGUCAGGCGCAGGAGGGUAAAUCACAGAAUACAGAGUUUAUUCCGUAGUACACAGUUACGCUAGAUAGCGUCAACAGUCCAGUGUGCAAAACAGGCGCACUGGAACAAAUACAGGCACACUGGAAAAUAUAACCCGGCAAUACAAAGUACAGGUAGCUCCACCGAGCUACACUGAAACAAUCACCCACAAGGACAAGGGGGCAGAGGGAACACUUCUACAUGUACUAAUGAGGGGAAUAUGAACCAGGUGUGUGUAAUUGACAAGACAAGACAAUUGGAAUAAUGAGAUAUGGAGCAGCAGUGGCUAGAAGGCCGGUGACGACGAACGCUGAAGCCUGCCCGAACAAGGAGGGGAGACAGCUUCGGAGGAAGUCAUGACAGUCGUUAGGUUAGUGGAGGAGUGACGGAGAGAGUUCUGGGCAUAUUCGGCCCAUGGCAAGAACACCGACCACUCCCCAGUCCUGGCAGUAGGACCACAGGAACCUACCCACAUCCUGAUUUACCCGUUCCACCUGCCCAUUAGACUCGGGGUGGAAACCAGAGGUCAGGCUGACUGACACCCCCAGACGUUCCAUGAACGCCUUCCAGACCUUGGAUGUGAACUGGGGACCCCGGAUCAGACACUAUAUCCUCUGGUACCCCGUAGUGCCGGAAGAUGUGUGUAAACAGGGCCUCCGCAGUUUGCAGGGCCGUGGGGAGACCGGGCAGAGGAAGGAGGCGGCAGGCCUUGGAAAAGCGGUCCACAACGACCAGGAUGGUGGUGUUACCUUGGGUGAGGGGAAGAUCAGUCAGGAAAUCAACACUAAGGUGAGACCAUGGUCGUUGUGGAACUGGUAAAGGUUGUGACUUACCCGCUGGGAGGUGCCUAGGUGCCUUACUCUGGGCGCACACCGAGCAGGAGGAGACGUACACCCUCACGUCCUUAGCCAAGGUAGGCCACCAGUACUUUCCAGUCAGGCAGCGCACUGUACGACCGAUACCUGGGUGACCAGAGGAGGGUGACGUGUGUGCCCAGUAGGUCAGACGAUCACGGAUAAGAGCAGGCACGUACUGCAGCCCAGCUGGACACUGAGCUGGAGAUGGCUCUGUGCGUAACGCCUGCUCUAUAUCCGUGUCCAUCGCCCAUACUACUGGUGCCACAAUGCAGGCCGGGAGUAUGGGGGUGUUGUCUCUGGGCCUCUCCUCUGUGUCAUACAGCCGUGACAAUGCGUCUGCCUUCACGUUCUUUGUACCCGGGAUGUAUGAUAGUGUGAAAUCAAACCGGGUGAAGAACAGGGCACACCUGGCAUGGCAAGGAUUCAGCCUCCUCGCUGCCCGGAUGUACUCCAGGUUACGGUGGUCCGUCCAGACGAGGAAAGGGUGUUUCGCCCCUUCGAGCCAAUGCCUCCACACAGUCAGGGCUUGGACAACAGCCAACAGCUCCUGAUCACCAACGUCGUAGUUCUGCUCUGCCGGGCUGAGCUUCUUAGAGAAGAAGGCACAGGGGCAGAGCUUGGGUGGCGUGCCCGAGCGUUGAGAUAGGACAGUGCCUAUCCCUACCUCGGACGCAUCCACCUCCACUACGAACGGUAGUGAUGGAUCGGGGUGGGCCAGUACCGGGGCUGAGGUGAACAGACCCCUCAGGUUACUGAAGGCCCUGUCAGCCUCAGCAGACCAGUGGAGCCGGAACGGCCCACCCUUCAACAGAGAUGUAAUGGGAGCUGCGACCUUGCCAAAGCCCCGGAUAAACCUCCGAUAGCAGUUGGCGAAGGCAAGAAAGUGUUGCACCUCCUUAACCGUGGUGGGAUUCGGCCAAUUACGCACGGCUGAAAUGCGAUCUCCCUCCAUCUCCACACCUGAGGUGGUAAUGCGGUAUCCGAGGAAGGAGACGGACUGCUGGAAAAACAUACACUUCUCUGCCUUGGCAUAAAGGUCAUUUUCCAACAGUCGGGCCAGCACUUUGCGAACCAGGGACACAUGCUCGGCGCGCGUAGCGGAAUACACCAGAAUGUCAUCGAUGUAGACCACUACACCGCGACCAAGCAUGUCCCGAAACACCUCGUUCACAAAGGACUGGAAGACGGAUGGAGCAUUCAUCAAACCGUACGGCAUCACCAGGUAUCCAUAAUGCCCCGUGGUUGUGCUGAAUGCUGUCUUCCACUCAUCCAUCUCUCGGAUACGCACCAGGUUGUACACACUCCUGAGAUCUAAUUUCGUGAAGAAGCGCACCCCAUGCAUUGACUCGAUCACUGAAGGAAUGAGGGGGAGAGGAUAACUAAAUCGUAUCAUCUCCUUGUUCAGUGGUCUAUAAUCAAUGCAAGGGCGCAGACCACCUUCUUUCUUCUUCACAAAAAGGAAACUCGAGAAGGCGGGUGAAGUGGAGAGACAAAUAUACCCCUGGCGCAGGGACUCGGUGAUGUAUGUUUCCAUAGCUUCCAUUUCAGCCUGUGACAGGGGAUACACAUGACUCCUGGGAGGCACAGCGUCUACCCUGAGGUUUAUCGCACAAUCCCCCGCCCGAUGAAGUGGUAACUUGGUUGCCUGCGUUUAAAAAAACGCAUGUGCCAAAUCGAGGUAUUCGGGGGGAAUUUGCACGGUGGAGGUACUGUCUGGACUUUCCACCGUGGUUGCACCAACGGAAACACCUAGACACCUACCCUGACACUCUCGCGACCACCCUGUGAGAACCCUCAGCGGCAAUGAGGAGGUGGGGUUGUGGCGUGCUAACCAAGGGAUACCUAAUACCACAGGGAAAGCAGGAGACUCAAUAAUUUAAAAAAAGUGACUUGUUUUACUGUGGAUAUAGAUACUUCUGUACCUGUUUCUUCCAGCAUCUUCACAAGGUCCUUUGCUGUUGUUCUGGGAUUGAUUUGCACUUUUCGCACCAAAGUACAUUCAUCUCUAGGAGACAGAACAAGAAGUGGUUGUAUUAAUUUGGGAUCUAUCGCAUCCCACAACUGUCCCAGACUAUGUUUGGAAUAUUUAUUUCUCGCACAGAAUAGAAUAGGUCGACUUUUGUACUAUGGGGGAUAGUAGAUUUGACAUAGGCUAGUGCUUUUGCUGUUCGUUAGCCCUACUCAACUUGUUGGCUAACGAAAAGUAAAUGUGGGCAGCUCUUCCAAUAUCUUCAAUAUGCACCUCGGAAUUGGAUAAGGACGCGCGCAGUUGCAUCCCCGAUGUGUCUGUCUUCACUUGUAGCCUGUGAGAAAGACCCGAUCACGUGAUGGAGAGCCAUGUGAGUGAGAGGUGAUUCGGAGCACUCAGCACUCAGGAGAAGGUCACAACGGCCACUGGCCGCAAAAGGCAUGGAUUUUUUUAGGGUACAUUACGGCCACACAAAGGGGAUGCCACCGUGAAAUUCGAGGCAUUAUCAAGUGUUUGUCAAAUUGUGAAUGAGUGACUGAUGUAGUGUGUACAGCCUGCGCAAAAGACAAAGCAAAGCUCAUGCCUUUCAAGCGACUUUUUUCAAAUCAUCAUUAGAGUCGCAUCAUGCAGCCUUACAAUGUAUUAAAAAUAAAAACAUAUAGCCCAACGUUUGUAGAACAACUAAAGUUACAUUAAUAACUCUAAAUUAAGCAUAUAGGAGAACCUAUUUCUUUGUUGACUUCUCAUCACAGAAUAGCCACAUGUGCGCACUCCCUCAAAUCAUUUGGAGAAAAUAUUUAUAUUUUAUUCGGCUUUGUUCUAUUGUAUUCUUCAUACUAUAAAAUAAUAUAAAAUAAUACCAUAGAAUUCUAAGCAAAUCUUGUCUGCUAAAUGAACUAGUGUAGCCCACAGCCAUUUGGCAAAGCCACAUCAGGACCUAACAUAAGGACAACUCAGAGUAUGCUAUUCUUUUCUUCUGAAAUAGACUACAUUUUCUUCAUAUCAUGCUUCUUUAGACCUGUCUAAAAUAAAUAAUGGAUCUAUUGUGAAGGUGUAGGCUAUAUUACAUGGAUUUAUUAUACUUUUUUAAAUGUAGAUGUUCCAAAGGUCUGCAUCAGUGGCUUGUAGGCUAUGUGUGGAAGCCAGGAGAUGCUAAAUCUGUUUAUGUUAAUUAACGGUCAAUUACCGUGAGACCGACAGUUAUUCGCUUGACAAUCACCGGCUGACAAAAUUUUGUGACCGCCACAGCCCUACUCCUGGCACCUACUACCAUACCCGUUUAAAGGCACUUACAUUUUUUGUCUUGCCCAUUCCAACUCUGCAUGGCACACAUACACAAUCUAUGUCUCAAUUGUCUCUAGGCUUAAAAAUCCUUCUUUAACCUGUCUCCUCCCCUUCAUCUAUGCUGAUUGAAGUGGAUUUAACAAGUGACAUCAAUAAGGGAUCAUAGAUUUCACCUGGAUUCACCUGGUCAGUCUAUGUCAUUUAAAAAAUAUAUAUAUUUUACAAAUAUUUUCCUGCCUCUUGGGCCCCCCACGGGCCUGGGCACCGGGGCUUCAGCCCUGGUAAGCCCAUGCAUUAAACCGGCCCUGUUGAGAUAUAUACUUACAUAGACAUGUAAUUUAAUAAUAGUAGACCGCGCUACCGUAAAAAAACACUUGCACUUACAUUUACUUGUAAAUUAAGUCCAUCCUUCUAUCCUGCUGGGUAAAGACAUCAGUGACUGAACUGUAAAACUCCUCCCUGUUGCCCUCAGUUUUAAAAGUUGAUGGAGAUGAUGGCAAGGGAUGAGAGUCGUCCUUAAUCGGCCCGGAUUCGACUGUAUGUCUUGAUCCAUUUCAACGUAGAAAAUGACCUCUCAACGGAUGCUGUUGUAGCUGGUAUAGUGAGGACCAGCUGCAGUAACUUUGUCGCCUCGGGGACAGUCUGUGUCAGGUCAUGCUGGAACAAAAAGCUGAGGAGCUGUCCAGGUGAUUUGUCUCGUACCAUUUGUGAACUGUACAAUACGACCAGUGGUGUAAAGUACUUAAGUAAAAAUACUUGAAAGUACUACUUAAGUAGUUUUUUGGGGUAUCUGUACUUUACUUUACUAUUUAUAUUUUUGACAACUUUUACUUUUACUUCACUACAUUCCUAAAGAAAAUUAUGUACUUUUUACUCCAUACAUUUUCCCUGACACCAAAAAGUACUCGUUACAUUUUGAAUGCUUAGCAGGACAGGAACCUGACUAUCCGUAAAUUAAAAAAACAAGAAAAAUGAUGCCCCCUGGUUUGCUUUAUAUAAGGAAUUUGAAAUUAUUUAUUAUUUUACUUUUGAUACUUAAGUAUAUUUUAGCAACUACAUUUACUUUUGAUACUUAAGUAUAUUUUAGCAACUACAUUUACUUUUGAUACUUAAGUAUAUUUAAACCAAAUACUUUUAGACUUUUACUUAAGUAGUAUUUUCCUGGGUGACUUUCACUUUUACUUGAGCAAUUUUCUAUUAAGGUAUCUUUACUUUUACUCAAGUAUGAAAAUUGGGUACUUUUUCCACCACAGAAUACGACAAGAUCAGCCUUAAGUCCCUCAAAAUCUAAGUACUUGGCAUAUUUUGACAGACUCCAGUUUGCAGGUGUCGAACUUUUGUGACAUUGUUUCGAUGUUUUUGCAGUCCACUAAGCCAAGGAACUUAAAAUCACCAGAGUGGUUGUUACGGAUUUCCUGCCUGUGAGUUCUAUAACUUCAUGCAGCUAACUCCACCCAUCCCCCGAUGGUGCCAGAGAGACUAGGGGAUCAUAAACUGUUUCCCCAAAGUGACCUCUGCUACCAGCCCACCGAUAGGUUGCUAGAGAUGUUGCUAGGGGGCAGGACACCUGACUUCUGCCCAACCUGGUCUCAGAGCAUUUCGUAUUAUUAUGUAGGUAAAUCUGAGUUACUCUAUUUAGUAUGAUAAGUUACGUUCCGUAUGGUAUGGUAUGUAUUAAUUUGUGGAUGUCCAUCACCCAUUUGGUAUGAUAUGUUACGAAUUACAAUUUGUAUUAUAUGUUACGAAUUUGCAAAACGUAUGAUAUCUUACGAAUUCUAGCUAGCUCGCUAAUGUUAGUUCGCUCGCUAACGUUAGCUAGGCUAGGGGUUAGGAUUAAAUUUAGGAGUUAGGUUAAAAGGUUAAGGUUAGGGUUAGGGUUAGGGAUAGCUAAAAGGGUUAAGGUUAGGGUUAGGGGAAGCUAACAUGCUAAGCAGUUGCAAAGUUGGUAAAAAGUAGUAUGUAGUUGAAAGUUGCUAAUCAGCUAAAAUGCUAAAGUUGUCCAUGAUGAGAUUCAAACUAGCAACCUUUGGAUUGCUAGACAUUCGCGUUAUACACCCACCCAACCACCCUACUUUUGUUUUUGCCUUAAGUAACCAUCUGUCUUAUGUAACCAUACCAAACGUAACAUACUGUAUCAUACUAAAUAAAGAAUAGCGGAUUUACGAAAUGCUCUGAGGCCGGUUUGUUCUGCCUGCUCAGGUCAGAGCUUUCUCAGUCUCUCCAAGUGGACAAGAGUAAUGGAGUGCGUGGACAGAAGUGAGUGAUGUUGUUAUUGAAACUUGUGCAUUUACUGUUGGUUGUUACUAUUGCUAGUUGUUAAUAGUUGUUGAUGCUAUGUGUUAUACAGUCCUUUGCUUAUGUCACUAUCUCCUUAUACAGUCAAUAUUAUUAUUGCUCUUGUGCUAUUUAUUACUCAUUCAUUCUCAUGUUUAUUAGUAUAUUCAUUCAUAACAAUUCUCUGUACAGAACCACAUCCAUCUCAUUUUUCAUCUGGAAAUAAAGUUAUUUAGUGUGAGUAACUCUAUGUAAGGUUGCCUUAUUCCUCUGACCGGUAAAGUUGUCAAUGAAUCACAGACCAGCCCAACUGGAGACCCGCUCUCUUUCAGUGGUCAAAACUGGCUCUCAUCUGAAUAUUGAUAUUGUCCAGUAUGUUGUAGUAGAUUAACCCCCUCUCUACUCUGAUUGGCUGUUUACUAUGAGUUUCGCUUUCAGCCAGGCCCAGUUCAUUGCAUUUCUGCUCAAAUCGCUCAUAGAAACAAAGGCAUGUAAUAGUUCCACAGAGUUGCCCCUGUUUGAUGAGCUGGCACUCUCAUCGUUGCCAUGAAUUGCCAACUCCUGUUUACCUAGGUAGCAUGGAGCCUAGCAUUUAUUAGGUCUUUCAAAAUCUCACGGUUAUCUUUUGCCUUUGCAUUGUGCAUGUUGAUGUUCAAUCUCCGUUGUUCAUUCAAUACCAGAUCUAUCCGUGAGCUGCCAAAUUUAUUUUCAGUGCUAUCUGGCUUUGGAUGUGAGACAGAUUUCUCAUGCUUGUUGAGCCCUAUUGGCAAGUUGUUCAAGUUGAAGUAACUGGCUCUUGUCCACACGUUGUCGCUGGUGGAGAACAGCAGGCAAAGGAAGCAGUAGAGUUGGCUGCUAGCAGCGCAGCCACAGAGCCAGUAGUUUCGUUGAUACCACUCAGAUUUAAAUUAUGCCGUUAUUUUCUGUCCCUUCCUUUGAUUUAGGUCCAUAAGCUCAGGUGUUGGUCUUCCUUCCAUUACCACCCCCUGUUUCACGAGAAAAUCCAACUUUGAAAACUGUUUCAGAUGCAAUAUGUUAGCCAUUGUCACGGUUUCGGCCGAGGCUGCUCCUCCUCCUUGUUCGGGCAGGCUUCGGCGGUCGUCGUCCCCGGAGUACUAGCUGCCACCGUUGUAUGUUUCGAUGUUUGUUUGGUUUUGUCUGAUUGGUUACACCUGUUUCUGUUUUGUGCUUUUAUGUGUCCUAUAAGUUCUCGUCGUUUGAGUCUUGUGUUGUGUGUAAUUGUUUCUCCAGUCAGCAAGGGCUAUUAGUAUUUUCUCUCCAGUUAUUGUUUUGAGAGAGUGUCCGCACUGUGUGCGCAUUUGUUUUGUAUUUUGUGCUUUACGCAGUGUUGCGUAAAGUUCGCUUGCCUCCGGCUUGGAUUUAGCCGUGUGUUUUGUUUACGUGUCUUUACUAAAGACUGUUGGACGAAACCUCUGUUGUCCUGCGCUUGAUUCCACACCACAUCCACGCUCGCACCUGACAGCCAUCCUGAUCAGCUUACUUUUAGCUAGCAGUAAAAUGAACGUAAUCGCCUUUGGCGGCAGAUGCAGGUAUAGGUAGCUGCUUCCUGGACUGGUCUCGGAGUAGUGGGCGUGCUGAAAUAAGUGGGUGUGUCGAAAUAAAUGGGCGUGGUGAAAGUGCACUGUUAUUGGAUGGUCUCUUUUGAUUGAACAGGGUUGUUGCCAGUGCCUAUUUUGUUCAGUCGCUUUCAGGAAGUGCAUGGAGGAUGCUAAUGCAGUUUUAAUCACAUACACAACUCAAACAUUUAUGAGAGCAAACAUGACAAAUUAUUAUUGGUAUACUACUGUAUGUGUCAUGAGGUAUUGUAUUGUACAGUCUCAUAAUCAUUUUCACAUACACAACUCAAACUUUUAUGAAAGCAAUAAAUGAAGAUCUGCCACCAGGGUAACCUAAUUUUAAUCUCAUAUUAUAACGUAUCAGAUGGUAUCAGCGUAGGCUAUAGGCAAUUUAUUCCCAAGCCACUCUUCGUAAAUUGGUCAUCAUCAGCAUGUCAGCAAUUCUUGCAGCCGGGCAUGCAACCCAUAGGUCUGCCCUUGCGCAACCUUGCUAUCAGUGUUUAGAAAUGGCACAUCGACAAGUUUAAUAAUGACAUUGCGCACUGUAGCCUACACAACUGCAAUUCAAUGUGAUAAAUGUAAAAUGUUCACAACAUGAAAGCAUGUUAAGAUACGUGCAUUUACAUGCAAUGUUUUUCACGAUUUCACAACACCAUCAUUCUGAGUUUCCCAAAAGUACUCAAGUUGAUUUUGAUGUGCCUUCCUACACAGUCAUGUUUCCACUAAUCUCUGCACUCGCUGGCAGGAACUGACAGAAAGUCAGGCCAAUUACAUGUGCACUUUCGACUCUGCACCGGUACCCCCCUGUAUAUAGCCUCCCUACUGUUAUUUUAUUUUACUUCUGCUCUUUUUUUCUCAACACUUUUUUGUUGUUGUUGUUUUAUUUUACUUUAUUUUAUUUUUAUAAAUGCAUUGUUGGUUAAGGGCUGUAAGUAAGCAUUUCACGGUAAUGUCUACACCUGUUGUAUUCGGCGCAUGUGGCAAAUAAGAUUUUAUUUUAUUUUAUUUUUUAUUUGAUUUGAUACGCCUACUUCCUUUCGACACCCCUAUUUCUUUCAACAAACCCAGUCUCCGGCUGCCAUAUUGGGCUGCAGCAACCCCCUUCUCGGCAGAUGAGGUGUGACGUUUAUAGGCAGGUGUCAAGGGGUGCUGAAGGUGGGUGUGGUGCAUGAAUCAAGCGCAGGACGCAGAAGCUCAGUCCAAAAGACUUUAGUGCAAUAUUCACGUAGAAAAUAAGCACAAUAAGCCCGAAGGCGAAAUAACGGCGCACACAGGCGUCAAACAAACGCUGCACUAACAUGUGCGAAAAACCUCUCCAAAACACUGGAGGGAAGUACGUAGCUCCAACACAAAACAGAAGAGCAAUCACACACAAAGACAAACACACACAACGAGAACUAAAUAGGACACUAACGAGGACUAACAAGACACAGGUGUACAACAUCAAGACAAAACCAAACGAACAUGAAACAUAGAUCGGUGGCAGCUAGUACUCCGGGGACGACGACCGCCGAAGCCUGCCCGAACCAGGAGGAGGAGCAGCCUCGGCCGAAACCGUGACAGCAGGAGCGAGCUCUGCCUAUCCCAUUACUUUUUUCACGUCAGUACACAUGCACAUUUAUUAUUUGAGUGCAAUGAAAAUUAAUGGGACAUAUUGACACUUGAAAGGCAGCGAAGCUCUUCUGAGAUUGAAGCGUGAAAAAGGCACACGGCAAAGCUGCCUUUCCCCUGGCCUCGUUGUGCAUUUUGUACCACGUCUCCACAAAUGUGGGAUUCAGAAAUCGAUUUUAUCAUGCAAGAAAUAUAUACAGUACCAGUUUGGACACACCUUCUCAUUCAAGGGUUUUUCUUUAUUUUUACUAUUUUCUACAUUGUAGAAUAAUAGUGAAGACAUCAGAACUAUGAAAUAACACAUAUGGAAUCAUGUAGUAAUCAAGAAAGUGUUAAACAAAUCAAAAUAUAUUUUAUAUUUGAGAUUCUUCAAAGUAGCCACCCUUUGCCUUGAUGACAGCUUUGCACACUCUUGGCAUUCUCUCAACCAGCUUCAUGAGGAAUGCUUUUCCAACAAUCUUGAAGGAGUUCCCACAUAUGCUGAGCACAUGUUGGCUGCUUUUCCUUCACUCUGCGGUCCGACUAAUCCCAAACCAUCUCAAUUGGGUUGAGGUCGGGUGAUUGUGGAGGCCAGGUCAUUUGAUGCAGCACUCCUCACUCUCCUUGGUCAAAUAGCCCUUACACAGCCUGGAGGUGUGUUGGGUCAUUGUCCUGUUGAAAACAAAUGAUAGUCCCACUAAGCGCAAAGCAGAUGGGAUCGCAUAUUGCUGCAGAAUGCUGUGGUAGCCAUGCUAGUUAAGUGUGCCUUGAAUUCUAAAUAAAUCACAGACACUGUCACCAGCAAAGCACUCCCACACCAUCACACCUCCUCCUCCAUGCUUCACGGUGGGAACCACACAUGCGGAGAUCAUCCGUUCACCUACUCUGCGUCUCACAAAGACAUGGCGGUUGGAGCCAAAAAUCUCAAAUUUGGACUCAUCAGACCAAAGGGCAGAUUUCCACCGGUCUAAUGUCGAUUGCUCAUGUCUUUUGGCCCAAUCAAGUCUCUUCUUAUUAUUGGUGUCCUUUAGUAGUGGUUUCUUUGCAGCAAUUCAACCAUGAAGGCCUUAUUCACGCAGUCUCCUCUGAACAGUUGAUGUUGAGAUGUGUCUGUUACUUCAACUCUGUGAAGCAUUUAUUUGGGCUGCAAUUUCUGAGGCUGGUAACUCUAAUGAACUUAUCCUCUGCAGCAGAGGUAACUCGGCCUUCCUUUCCUGUGGCGGUCCUCAUGAGAGCCAGUUUCAUCAUAGCGCUUGAUGGUUCUUGCGACUGCACUUGAAGAAACUUUAAAAGUUCUUGAAAUGUUCUGGAUUGACUGACCUUAAAGUAAUGAUGGACUGUCAUUUAUCUUUGCUUAUUUGAGCUGUUCUUGGUCUUUUACCAAAUAGGGCUAUCUUCUGUAUACCACCCCUACCUUGUCACAACACAACUGAUUGGCUCAAAUGCAUUAAGAGGAAAGAAAUUCCAAAAAUGAACUUUUAACAAGGCACACCUGUUAAUUGAAAUGCAUUCCAGGUAACUACCUCAUGAAGCUGGGCCAAGAGUGUGCAAAGCUGUCAUCAAGGCAAAGGGUGGCUACUUUGAGGAAUCUGAAAUAUAAAAUAUAUUUUGAUUUGUUUAACACUUUUAUGGUUACUACAUGAUUCCAUAUGUGUUACUUCAUAGUUUUGAUGUCUUCACUAUUAUUCUACAAUGUAGAAAAUAGUACAAAUAAAGAAAAAACUCUGGAAUGAGUAGGUGUGUCCAAACUUUUGACUGGUACUGUAUAUUAUUGAUAGAAUUGUUAUUUAUUUAUUUUUCAUUACAGUUCUUUUUUUGUUCAUUUUCAUCUACCCUGACUGCACGUCACUUACUGUGUGUGUAUGUGUGUGUGUGUGUGUGUGUGCAUGCGUGCACAUACUUGCAUGUAUGCGUGCACAAUUCUGUGUUCCUUAGAUGAGGCUGUCUCUCCUGGUUGUCCAGGCAGUGCUGCAGCUCUGCAGCCCAGUCAUCCUUUCAGACCCUCUGCUCUACAUCUCUCAGCUGGAGGAGGGGCAGUAAGCCCCCAGCAGUGAGUCGGAUUAUAUUCAUCCCUAUUACACAAACACGUUUAUCAAAAUCCAUCAACUGGGUCUCAUAGUGGAAUAAUAUUGUUGUCUGAAUAUUCUCUACCAAGCAACCUAAUCCAAAGCAGUUAGAUUUCAACUCCAGAAAAUAUACUCCAUCACAACCUAUAGCCUUUGCUUUCUGUCCCUUUUUACAGAGCCCUGGCUCAACCCUCUGCUGGAAGAUGUGGUCCCUGAUCUGGACAUCCACAGUCCACCCAGACUGACAGAGACCUCAGAUCUAGAUCCCCAGUUCCCUGACUCCCUGUUUAUGUAUGGCGAGAACGCCAACCUCAAAUGGGUAAAAUGGGAAGGGUCCCUCCCUAAUGGUGCUGUGGGCAUCUACAAUGGUUACACUGAACGACACGACUACAUCUGCAAAGUCAACUGCGAAGCCGGCUUCUACACCGCAAGCAAAGCCAGUACCCCUACACUGACAAGGAGUAUUCAUCCUCAAAGUUCGAAGUCCUGGUCAACGUGGACAACUUUGAAUUUGUGGAGUGGAUCGAGGAGAAAUACGGUGCUGUCCUCCAAUAUGCUGUCAAGACCUGCGCAGGCAUUGAGAUAUACACUACCGUUCAAAAGUUUGGGGUCACUUAGAAAUGUCCUUGUUUUCGAAAGAAAAGCAAUUUUUUUGUCCAUUAAAAUAACAUCAAAUUGAUCAGAAAUACAGUGUAGACAUUGUUAAUGUUGUAAAUGGCUAUUGUAGCUGGAAACGGCUGAUUUUUAAUGGAAUAUCUACAUAGGCGUACAGAGGCCCAUUAUCAGUCCUGUGUUCCAAUGGGACGUUGUGUUUGCUAAUCCAAGUUUAUCAUUUUAAAAGGCUAAUUGAUCAUUAGAAAACCCUUUUGCAAUUAUGUUAGCACAGCUGAAAACUGUUGUGCUGAUUAAAGAAGCAAUAAAACUGGCCUUCUUGAGACUUCUGGAGUAUCAGCAAUUGUGGGUUCGAUUACAGGCUCAAAAUGGCCAGAAACAAAUAACUUUCUUCUGAAACUCGUCAGUCUAUUCUUGUUCUGAGAAAUGAAAGCUAUUCCAUGCAAGAAAAUGCCAAGAAACUGAAGAUCUCGUACAACGCUGUGUACUACUCCCUUCACAGAACAGCGCAAACUGUCUCUAACCAGAAUAGAAAGAGGAGUGGAAGGCCCCGGUGCACAACUGAGCAAGAGGACAUAUACAUUAGAGUGUAAAGUUUGAGAAACAGACGCCUCACAGGUCCUCAACUGGCAGCUUCAUUAAAUAGUACCCGCAAAACACCAGUCUCAAUGUCAACAGUGAAGAGGCGACUCCGGGAUGCUGACCUAGGCUGGUGGAGUCCAUCAGCCACUCCAUCUCUGUGGAGCUGCUGGUCCCUCCCAACCACUCCUGUGCCGUGCGGAUGGAGGGCAGGAAGAUGACAGCCAACAUCCCCUUCACGGGUAGACUGAGCCGGACCUACCAUAAUGGAGACACCCACUGGACCACCAUCACAGGGAUUUAUGAUGGUGUGAGGGUGGGGGAGAUCAAUGCCGUCGUAGAGAGAUGCCAGCCUGUCUCUGAUGACAUCCCCUGCUACCCCGAUGAGACAGAUUAC